AUGCACUCGCGUCGACUUGAGACUUUGAAGAUUGACAUCUCCAAGUAUAGGGGAGUCGAAGAGGACUCCCUCUUGAGAUGGUUCGUCGAAUUGGAUGACGCCAUAAGGGCGCGUCGCAUCGACGACGGGGAUAUGCAAGUUGCAUUUGCCCAGUCAAAUCUGGCAGGACGUGCCAAGACUUGGGCACUGGGGCUCAAGUUGCACGACCCAUACGCGUUUGGGUCGUUGGAAGUCUUCAAGUCGCGGCUCAGACAAACGUUUGAACCGCCUAGAGCUGAGUUCAGAGCUCGAACCGAACUCUUGAAGCUCAAGCAGGGUAAGCGUGAUGUGCACGCUUACGCUCAACAUAUACGACAUCUCACGAGUUGUAUAAGUUCCAAUCCGGUGGAUGAACACACGUUGGUUUCGGUGUUCAUGCAGGGUCUUGCGGAUGGUCCCGUCAAGACUCACCUGUUCCGGCUUGAACUAGAUUCACUAGAACAAGCCAUUUCCAUUGCGGAGCAGGAAGACUUCAGUCUGAGACAGGCUCGCGCCAGCUCGACAUCAUAUCGUCAACCGAGACGAUAUGACAGCGGAUGUCCAGAGCCGAUGGAACUCUGUUAUGUAGAGAGCGAGAAGGCUCGCUCUACAGACUACAAAAAGUUGCAGAAAUGCAACAGAUGUCAGAAGACAGGACACUACGCUUACGAGUGUAGUGCCCCUCGUCCAGUGUCUCGCGACACUGGGCGUAGUGACCGUCCACCCAUGAGAAAGGGGCAGGGACGAGGGUCCGCAGUUGGUGCAAAGACGCAACAACGGGAUGUACCGUCAAAAAACGGACAGGAUCAGUAG